UCCGCCAUGUGGUCCGCCGGCGUGGCCAUCGCCUCGGUUUACGCAGUCAUCAGCUUGUCGGGCUUCAUCGGCAACAUCACGCUCAUCAAGACGUUCUGUUCCGCCAAGUCCACGCGCAACGUGCCGAACCUCUUCAUGUCCAGUCUGGCGCUCGGGGACGUGAUGCUGCUGGUGACCUGCGCUCCCGUGGACGCGAGCCGCUACCUGUCAGAGGAGUGGCUGUUCGGCAGAGUGGGCUGUAAAGUCAUCCCCUUCAUCCAGCUCACCUCCGUCGGCGUGUCCGUGUUCACUCUCACUGCUCUCUCUGCUGACAGGUACAAGGCCAUCGUGAAGCCCUUGGACAUCCAAAUAUCAACCACCACUACCAGCAUUGUCCUCAGGGCGGCGCUCAUCUGGCUCCUCGCCCUGGUCCUGGCGAUCCCUGAGGCCAUCUUCUCAGAUCUCCACCGCUUCACCAUCCCUUCCACUAAUGAGAGCUUCAUUACCUGCGCGCCUUACCCACAUGGUGGGGAACUGCACCCUAAGAUCCACUCCAUGGCCUCCUUCCUAAUUUUCUACGUCAUUCCCCUGCUGGUCAUAUCUGUGUACUACACCUUCAUCGCCCGGAGCCUGAUGAAGAGUGCCUCAAACCUGCCUGUGGAGGGCAACAUGCAUGCAAAACGACAGAUCGACUCUCGGAAGCGUCUGGCCAAGACAGUGCUGGUGUUUGUUGGUCUCUUUGCGGUUUGCUGGCUUCCCAGUCACAUCAUCUACCUGUACCGCUCCUAUCACUACUCCCAGGUGGACACCUCACUGGUUCACUUUGUGUGCAGCGUCGUGGCUCGCAUCCUCGCCUUCACCAACUCCUGCCUUAACCCCUUCGCACUCUACCUGCUGAGCAAGACCUUCAGGAAGCAGUUCAACCAGCAGCUGUGUUGCUGCUGUCACUGGCUCUUCAAGCGCUCGCCGCGGAGGACGACGCACUACAACACGCGCGUGACGUCCGUCCGCAGCACGCGCUACUCCAUGGCCAGUCUGACUGUCGUCAAUGGCCGACAGAACUAUCAGGAGGACUGUGUGUAAGUGUGUGUGUUCCAGGUAUGUUGUGGGGACCUAAAUCUGUUUACACAGUCACACUAAAUUAUCACAUUUAAGUUGAGGACAUGAUGUCUUAGGAUGAGGUUAGGUAAGUCUCCAGGAAUUGAAUGAAAGUCUAUGUAAUGUCCUUUGAAGUCAUGGAAACCAGGCUGUGUGUAUAUUUUUUGUUAGGACAUUUU